UUGUAUGAAUAUUACCUUUGAGUCAUUUCAAUGUGAUUGCAUGUAUGUACACGUAAACGUAUACGAAUACGUAGCCCUGUGCUUACACAUGUUUAAGGAUAUGUAAGUACAUGUGUAUGCAGUGAGAGAGAAUGGUCAAUGGUAAGAGAGUGGGAGAGGAUUCGCAGAGUGUGGGAAUGCUGGGCUUUGGGGAGUCAUUAAUCGCGACAAACGAGGAACGUGAGUUCCGAUAAUCCAAGUGGGGUAAAUUUUUGGUUUUAAAAUAUUAAGUGAUUUUGAUUUUGUUUGCUUUUAGGGUAUGGAUUUUUUCCACUUGGAAGCGUAGAUUUGUCUUAUUCGCGACACUCGUGUCCCAAAUCUAUCGCAGUAUCAUAUCCCAGAUACAUGAUCAAACAUGUGAAGUGUAACAUUUGUAUUAAUUUAGUCACUUUUCUAUCGUCUCAUUUCAUUCUAUUAUUGUGAUAUGAUAACAUGUGGUUGUCUAUUUAAUAUAUAUCUACAAUAUUUCUAUCUAAGAUAUAUAUAUUUAUGAGAUUCGUUCAAAAAAAAAGAUAUAUAUAUUUAUGAGUAAGUUAUUAUUUUGAUAUAUAAUGUGGCUGUGCAUAACAAUCAGAUAAAAACUCUAUAUUAUAUAUUUACACUUAUUCUUGCAUAAUUUUAAUGGUUGAUAAUAAAAUUGCGGCAAUCCUUUGUUGAGGUUUCAAAAACAAUUUAAAGCGAGCAUUUAAUGUAAUAGGUUUAACUUCAAAACCUGUUUAGCUUCCUAAAAAGUACUCCUCCUAUUUUUAAGAGUUUUACAAAUAUCUUCGUCUACUUUGUUUAAACCCCUCAAGUUAUCGGAGAGAUAGAGAUAGAGAUAGAGAUAGAGAGUGUGUGUUUAGAGAGAGAAAGUACAAGUUUGCGACUGUGUUGCAGCCAUACAUAGAGAGCAAAACAAGAUCUCUUCCCGUCUAUCCUUGAUAGGUAAGUCUCUUCAUCAUAACAUUUCUAUUCACUAAAGUAGCUUAAAUCUCUCUCUCUCUCUCUCUCUUUAUCUUAUGAUACGUCUCUAAUCAAUUUAUGUCCCCUUAUUCCAGAUUUUAUCAAAGUGAUUUAAGAUUUGAUUUUCAUAGGAAGGAAAUAUAAUGAAUUCUAACAACUGGCUUGCCUUUCCUCUAUCACCAACCCAUUCUUCUUUGCCUCCUCUCAUCCACUCCUCACAAACCUCUCAAUUCAAUCUCGGCUUGGUCAACGACAAUAUGGACAACCCUUUUGAAAACCAAGAAUGGAAUAUGAUCAAUCCACACGGUGGAGGCGGAGAAGGAGGAGAGAUUCCAAAAGUGGCUGAUUUCUUAGGAGUUAGCAAGUCGGACAAUCAUCAAGCCGACCUCGUACCGUACAACGACAUUCAUCAAACCAAUGACUCAGAUUACUACUUCCAAACAAAUAGUCUGUUACCUACGGUUGUCACUUGUGCCUCUAACACUCCUAAUAACUAUGAGCUUCAAGAGAGUGCCCACAAUUUGCAAUCUCUCACCCUUUCAAUGGGAAGUGCCGGAGACGCCGCUGCUGCAGCGGCGGCCGUUAAAGCCUCGCCUGGUGAGACCAGCGCGGAUAAUAGUAGUAGCACUACUAACAUAAGUGGAGGAACCACCGUUGAAGCUGCACCUAGACGGACCGUGGAAACUUUUGGACAACGAACCUCUAUCUAUCGUGGUGUUACAAGACAUAGAUGGACCGGUAGAUAUGAAGCUCAUCUUUGGGAUAAUAGUUGUAGAAGAGAAGGACAAUCAAGGAAAGGAAGACAAGUCUACUUAGGUGGGUAUGACAAAGAAGAGAAAGCAGCAAGAGCAUAUGAUUUAGCUGCACUCAAAUAUUGGGGCCCCUCUACUACUACCAACUUUCCGAUUACUAACUAUGAGAAGGAAGUUGAGGAGAUGAAAAAUAUGACGAGACAAGAGUUUGUGGCUGCUAUUAGAAGGAAAAGUAGCGGAUUCUCGCGUGGUGCAUCGAUGUAUCGAGGAGUAACAAGGCAUCAUCAACAUGGAAGAUGGCAAGCAAGGAUUGGCCGAGUUGCUGGAAACAAAGAUCUCUACUUGGGAACUUUCACCACAGAGGAAGAAGCAGCAGAAGCAUACGACAUAGCUGCAAUAAAGUUUCGAGGUCUAAACGCGGUUACGAAUUUUGAGAUUAACCGGUACGAUGUAAAAGCUAUCCUAGAGAGCAACACACUUCCUAUAGGAGGUGGUGCAGCUAAACGGCUGAAAGAAGCUCAAGCUCUAGAAUCAUCAAGAAAACGUGAGGAAAUGAUAGCCCUCAGCUCAAAUUUCCAUCAGUAUGGUGCAGCGAGCGGCUCUAGCUCUGGGCUUCAGCUUCAACCUUACCCACUAAGCAUUCAACAACCUUUUGAGCAUCUUCAUCACCAGCCUCUACUUACCCUACAGAACAACAACGAUGUCUCACAGUAUAAUACUAACGUUCAUGAUUCCUACAGUUACAUCCAGACGCAGCUUCAUCUUCACCAACAACAAACCAACAAUUACUUGCAGUCUUCUAGUCACAACUCGCAACUCUACAAUGCUUAUCUUCAGAGCAAUCCUGGUUUGCUUCACGGAUUUGUCUCUGAUAAUAACAACACUCCAGCGGUUUAUGGAAACAACGGGAUUGGUAUUGGGUCAACCUCCACAGUAGGAACAUCGGCCGAGGAAGAGUUUCCCACGGUUAAAGUUGAUUACGAUAUGCCUCCUUUAGGUGGAGCCACAGGGUGUGAACGAUGGACUAAUGGAGAGCAUGGUCAGGGGUCAAAUCCAGGAGGUGUCUUCACAAUGUGGAAUGAAUAAAAGGUUGUUUUCUGUCUCUCUUGCUAGGCAAGGUAUGGUUCUGAAUGAUAGAUAUUAUUUUCUUGUUUACCAAGUAGUUUAGAAACGGCUGGAGUCUUCUUGAUUAGCAGAGGCUUUAGAAUUUUUAUCACUUUUGACGGCGAAGAUGAUGAAUUUGUAGACGGCGGUUAAUCAAGUCCUCAAGGGUUAGUGUUUUAUGGGCACUGAAACAAGAUGGAUACGUGCCCAAAUUUUGUUUAAAAGCUAACCCUUUUGACUAAUUUCUCAAACCUGUAAUUCCUUUUAUAAUGAAGAUUUAUGUUCCCUUUGUUUUAUUCUCUUAUAUUGCUGAAAAAAAUAUAACUCUUUUUUGCCAACAAAUUUAACUAUAUUGAGUCUAUAUUACACUGCAUGUGAAUAAACUUGCGUCUCUUCCACAUAGUUUUUUUUUUUGCUUAAAAUUCACCACAAAACUUCACAAAUAUGUGCAGUUGUUAGGUCAAUCAAUUUUGUAGUAUAGCUUAAUUGACUUUUAGAAGUGCGUAAAAGUUAAGUCUAACUUGUAUCUUCCUGUAUCUAACAUGUAAAUAAUGUGCCAGCUGAGAACCUUAACAGAAUUUUUCAGACAUCUAGUGUGUAUUUUCCCCUCUAUAGUUUGUAAACGUAUAAAUAUCAUGACUGUUGAGGAAUAAACACAUAUUGUUGAUUCCCCACUCUUCAUAAUAGGGUCUUAUACUUUUAAAUUUAUGUACGGUUCUAAGUUUAUAAAACUUGAUAUAAUUACGGUUUUGCUUCUCCCAAACAUUAUUUCCGAAAUGCAGUCUGCUUUUGUGCCGUGAAGAGCAAUCUCGGAUAAGGUCCUAAUCAUGCAUGAGGUUUUACACUUCCUUCAACCUUCUAAAACACGUAAAAGAUGAUCAAUGGCAGUUAAGACAGAUAUGAGCAAGCAAAGCCUAUGAUACGUUUGAAUGGGAGUUUAUUAAACUGGUUCUUGAGAGACUCAAAUUCCACCAUAGAUGGAUUAUGUGGAUAAUGGAAUGUGUCUCGACUGUUACCUAUAUUCCUUAUUAAUGGCUUGCCUAGAGGAAGAGUUAAACCGAGCAGGGUUGUCCGACAAGAAAAUCCACUAUCACCAUACAUAUUUAUACUAUGCGGUGAAGUGCUCUCGGGUUUGUGUAACAUAACUCAAAAAUCCGGUAAUAUGGCUCGAAUUUGAGUGGCGUGAGGGAGUCAUCGAGUCAAUCAUUUUCUCUUUGCGGAUGACACAAUGUUUUUCAUUAAAAGUUUAAAACCAACAAAGGGAACGCUUCAGCUAUGAAAUCGAUCUUGUCUCAGAAUGAAUCUGCAUCUGGACAGUUCAUCAACGCUGAAAAGUCUUCUAUAACCUUUUCACAGAAAGCCCCUACAUCGCCCAAAGACCGUGUGAAGGACGGUCUCCAAAUUCAAAAGGAAGACGGAACCGGGAUGCACUUAGGCUUACCCGAAUAUUUUGAAGGACGUAAAAGAGAUAUGUUUACUUCAAUAGUAGCUAGAAUUAAGAUCAAAGCGAAAGGAUGGUCAAAUAAAUUAUUAUCUACAGCGGGGAAGAUGGUCAUGCUCCAAAGCAUCUGACAGCUUAUUUCGUCUUCUGGAAUGACAUGCUUUAAGCUGCCGGUCUCUCUAUUCUAAACGAAUCCACUCAGCGGUUACACGAUUGUGGUGGGAUGGAAGAAGCGGAAGUAGAAAGAUGGCCUGGGUCUUUUGCUCAAAAAUGACCCAACCGAAAUCGCUUGGAGUCUUGGGUUUCCGAGAUUUUCCGAGUUUCAAUGACACCUUCUUGGCUAAGCUCAGCUUGGAGAAUUAUUCACAACCCAGCAUGCCUUCCUAGUCGUGUCCUCCUCGGAAAAUAUUGCAAUGAUUCAAAACAAUUUCAAGUCUCCCACAGAAGUGUUGAGUCACACGGCUGGAAGAGUAUUUUAAUUGGGAAAGACCUCAUUUUGUGUAACUCGGGAUGGGCAGUUGGGAAUGGUUCAUGAUAAACUAAUGCACAGAGCCAUGGCUAAGUAUGUCUGAGAAGGAAUGACCUAUGGAACUAAUACGUGAGAGACAAAUCGAUCUCAAAGUCUACAGCCUCCAUUUUCAAGAUGGUUCAGACUGGAACAAAGAUGCAAUUCAAAGAUGUAUCCCUCAGGA